ACUUGUUUGAGUGUUGCCAUCUUCACGAGUCUAAUUUACUUAUCAGCGCCCAAAAAGUGUUCGGAGGAAAUAUGGCUAGCGGGAUAGCAAGAAAUGAAGUGUUAGUAGCAUACAGAACGGUGUUGAAAGCCACUCGGAAGACCUUCACGGGCGACACUUUGAUGCUUCGGGAAUCGGCAGCCGAGGUGAGGAAGAAAUUCGAGGAGAACCGGCACGUGAAGUCGGAGGAGGAGGUCAAAAGGCUUCUUGAGGACGCACGGGAAGCUUCGACCUUCAUCUCCACCAUGAUCGUCCAAGCUCAACGCACCGAUAGCGGCAGUUUUGCGGUGAAGCCAGGAAUGGAGCACGCAGGGGCGACACUUGAACUUCCUUCAGAAGAAGUUCUUAAGAAGGUCGGUUGAUGAUGAUAAGAUGAGCAUACACGAGCAGUAAAAAAGGAUCAUUCUAUUCCGCUGCAUUACCCUUUUGCAAACUCCUUUCUUUUAUCAUUGACUUGAUUUAUUUGAGCUGUUCCUGUUUUAUAUGUUCCUUUUAAGAAAAGGCUCCCCUUUUCACUUUCUUGUGUUCAACAAACUUGAUGUCUCUUCUUGACUGAACAAGGAGUCAAGGACAUAUUCAUGAUUAGUAUGAUUAUAAAACCACUUCUGAGAAGUAAAUCAUGCUACCGUUCAUUUUUUUUUAUGUCUUACUCUCUUCAACUUCCUUUCAGUGUACCCAUGCCCAGAUUUUGAAUGGCUAGAUUGGUUGAGGAAGAA